ACAUCCCUGCCUCAAAGUUGCAGCCACCUUGUUUGCACCGGCGAACACCUCCAUCACUCGGACAGGACUCUCCGCCCACCCUAGUCUGAAACCCAUUUGUUGUGGCGGCGUCCGUAUACCGCGCCUUCGUCACAUACGACAUGAUUACACCGCGCUUUUCCUGCAGUCAGACCGAGAUUGAGGUCAUCGUCAAGAUGUACUGCCCCUCCGUUAGGGCGUCUGACGUUGAGAUCAACAUCGACGAGACGCUCUUCAGCGUCCACGUGAACCCAUACUUCCUGCGCUUGAGCUUUCCUCAUCCCCUCAAGGGCGACGAGGACGCCUCGGCGUCGUAUGAUGCAAGCUCGGGGUACCUAACUGUCACCCUAACAAAAGAAACGCCGGGUCAAGAAUUCAAAGACCUCGACUUGCUAGCCAAGCUGCUUGCACCCCGUCCGACUGAACAACAACAGCCCGUGAUCGAAGUGCUUUCCUCGGAAGAUGCAACUGCGGACGCCGAAAAUGACAUCGACGAGGAGCUGGCUCAACGGGCGCAGCAACUCACAUUAAAACAACAAGAAAUCCUGCGAGCUGCAGAGAAUGAUUGGCAGCUACCACAGGAAGUCCCCGAGCCUCUUCCUCAACUGAAGACAGCACCAGACUACCGGUACGGCUUCAUGGACAUGCAUACAGGUUACCUCAGACACGUCGCACAUACCGAAAAUGAGGUCAACGAGCUCGGUGGCGAUGCUGAGACGUGCCCACCAAGUGAACGCCGGGAGCGGCGCCUGAAACACGAAGACGAAAAGUGGGACGAAGAAUACUAUAUGGCAGAUUACGUCGAAGAUGAAUACAUCCAAGAGCUAUUGCACUGGCAGAAUCCACAUACCGGUGUGUCCGAUGACGACUUCCAAUACAGCGAGGAAGAAAACGCGACGAUGCUCCGUCUUCCUCGGAAAGAAUACCUCGCCACACCACAGCAGACGCACAACCUGUACCUCACCCUUGUCACACUCCUGUUUUCCUACGCGUAUGACUGCCGCACCACCCAACAUGACCCGACACCCGAGAGCGCCUGGACACUGAGUGUCCUCACCCCAGCAUUCUCCGCGCUCGAUCCAGCGCCAUACUCUGCCGACCCGCCACCCCCCAAUCUGUCCAGCUUCUCUACGCAAGAAUUGUCGGCAACAUUCGCUGCGUCCUAUCGUCGUGCGCUCGCCUUCCCCCUAUACCGCUCCUGGAAAUUGGCGGAAAGGUGUCGCGCGGACGUCGCGGCGCUCCUCGGACGAGGUAAACGGGUUGUCGCGAGGUGUCUGUUCGAGAUGAAGCAUGUCCUCGACCACCACGAGGUAUACUACGUAUACAGCAAGGUAUGGACCGACGACUUCUGCGUCUGGACACUAGCAUAUGCAAGUGACGAAACUCUGCGUGAGCUGGCGGCAGCGGUGAAGCUGCUGAACAUGGAGAAGGCGAUGAUCGGUUGGGAUAUCGACGACCUAGAGGGGUCGGCCCGGGAGGCGAUGGAAAGGGAGCCCGACAGCGAUGACGAGUCCGAGUCCGAGAUCGAACGCAUGCUCCCUGCGCCUUUGUAGACAUCAACGCUUUCUCCCCCGUGGAUGUUGACAAUCGGCGAUGUCUGCACUCCUAUCGCUGGCGUCUGCCUGUACUCCUGAUUCAGGUCGGUAAGAACUCGUCUUUUUUAGAUCGCGCUGCGUCUGUCUCCGGGGCCCGACUGUCAAGAAGAUCGGUCGGCCGCCUUACUGAGAACUCGAUCGCCUUGCUUCAGAGCCGGUCGUUCAACAUCGCCGCUGCGCAUAUCCACCUCUCCGUCCUACAAGGAGAAUUGCAUUUGUACAAAGAAGCAAGCUUUCAGCCCAGCCUGCUCUCACGAGAUCGAGAACCCCGCAGAUGCCGGGUUGCUGCAAUCUAUUCCCUUGGGUGCUCUUGUCUGCAUCUUCAAAAUUGUUUACCCGUGACGCUGAAGGCCGCUCGAACGACUUCGACAGAUGGGCGUGAAACCCG